CACGGGGCACGCGCGCACUUUCGCCGCGCACGAGGCGAUGAUGCGGUCGCUAUCGGCGGGUAUCCCCGGGGGGCUCAACCCGAUGGACCCCGCCGCCGCCAACGCCAUCAACCUAGCGCAGCGCCAGAAUAGCCUAGCGGCGCUGUUCCAGAACGGGUUCGUGUCCCACGGCUCCCCGGGAACCCCCAGCGCCAUGAAAGGCCCGCGACGGGACGCGAGGGAGGCGCACGAGGCGGAACUCGCGAGGGCUGAGGCGGCGCCCGGCGCGUGCGCCGGCGUCACCCUCGCUCCGGGAUCGUCGCCGACGCACAUGCCCGGCGGGAUCGUUUCGCCUUAUGGGUCAGCCGGCGCGAACGUGGCUGGCGCGUCGAGCCGGCUGGGGCACAAGCGCGCCAAGGCUGGCGACUCGCACGCCGACGUGAUUCGCAGGAUUGACGACGUGACGCUGGCGGGCGGGGACGCGGCGGGGGAGGCUGAUUUGCCCCCCGCGCCCACGCGGCUGGUUGGCGAGAUUUUGUUCGGGACGCUUCGCGACGUCGUGAGCGACGUCUUUGGCCUGCCCACGAAGGUUUCCGAGGCGAUCAAGGACGACGACAGGGCGAUCGUGGAGGAGGGUAAGGAGCGGCUCAUGUCGAUGGGCGAGCUGAUCAACGCGAAUCUUCCCGACUUGACGGCUGUGGAGGACGAUACCGGCCGCGCGGGCGGCGGCAGGGAGCCCACGGUGGACAGGACCGGCGUCAAGGCGCAGGUGGACAGCGUGAUCGUCGCCGCCAAGGCUGCGGAGUCCACGUGGCGCCGCUUCAACGACGCCAGCCUCCGAGCCUUGGCGGCGGCGCAAAAGGCCAAGGGAAUCAACGACAGGAUGGAGACGGCGAGAGCCGAGCUCGCGGGCGCCAAGCUCGCGCGGGACGCUGUGACGCAGCACUCCAUGGACGUUGAUCCCGCGGUCAGGGCCGCCAUGCGAGCGACCAUCGAGGAGAAGAUCGCCAAGGCGAACACCGAAGUCGCGUCCUUUGCGGAUGAGCACGCAAAGUUUUUGGAAGCGGAGGCGGAGGCUCGAGCGGCGGCGAACGCGUCCGCGCGGGCGUUCAGGCCGCCGUACGAGGAGGUACGCAAGCGCACGUUGCGCAUCCGGCUGCACGCGGAGGAACGCGCGGAGAGGCAGAUCGGGAGGGCGCUCUCACGCGCGGACAGGGACCUUCAGCACAAGGACCAGAAGUUGAAGGAGCUCGGAUUCGCCAAGGAUCCGGUGGUGAAGCCCGAGAUUGAGGAGAUUGAGCGGAAGCGCGAGAUCGUGAGGGAGGGUCGCAAGAAGAUCAAGGCUGCGCACGAGGGGUGCAAGACGGCGAUCGAUUGGUGCAAGCGGGAGAUCGCCACGUGCCAGACGGCACUCGACGUGUAAGAGAAGAAGGGGAGUAACGAUCGCAAACGGAAAUGAAAUCAGACAUAUCGCAACUCUG